AUGGCGCAACGACAGGUUUCGAAAGAGGUCGACGACACGAUGGAGCUGGUUUCUGAAGCAGAAAGUUCCGACUGGGAGAUUGACAAACCGCAAAAUGAGCCCAAGACACCGCGGCGAGGCGCAAAGGUGCUGGUGGUCGAGAAGGACGCAGAAGAGGCCGAUCUCGAGCGGCUCGUCCUCGGCGACAAGGCCGGGUUCCGGUCGCUGCUGUUCCAAUCUGACGAAGUCGACAAUGCGGAGGACUACCUCAAAGACCUGUCGCUGGCAACGGUGCCGGCCGAAGAGGACGACACCGGCCUGGGCGAGCUGGACGACAGCAACAUGUUCUUCACGGACGAGGGCAUGGUACUCAGCGCGCCGGCCGACGGAACGGCGUUCGUGCGUCUGGGAGAAGGUGCCACACGGGAUCUGAACGCACCUGCGUGGGACGACAGCGACGACGAGCGACUGCGGGUGUCGCUGGCCGGACACACGCGGCUGCGCAAGCUGCGGCGGUACGAGGGUGAGGACAUUGUGAGCGGCGCCGAGUACAGCGAGCGUCUGCGGCAGCAGUACCUGCGACUGAACCCACAGCCGGACUGGGCAGCCGACGCGGAGAAGGCACGGAUGCGGCGGGAGAGCAAGGCGGCCGCGGCGAGCGAGAAGAGGAGGCAGCGGCGGAAGAGCCGCAGCAGUGGCCCCGCCGGCGAGGGACGGACGUCUGGUGACAGCGAUCUGUCCGACAGCGGCAGUGCCUCCGGCGACGACGACAAGGACGCCGACGGGUUUGGCACGGCUGACGACGCCCUGCCGCUCGACACGUUCUUCCGCAGCGCCGGCUCGCUGGCGGGCGCCUCGGCCGAGCAGCACCUGCGCAAGCGGCGGCGGCUGCAGCCAGAGACGCUGGGGAUCCAAAAGACCCGCGAUAUGGCAACCGUGCACGUGGGCCCGGUCGACUCGCUGGCCUUCCACCCGCGCUUUGCUGUGCUGCUGUCGGCGAGCACGUCGUCCGUGCUGCACCUGCACCAGGUUGCCCCGGGUGCCCAGCCGGUGCCGAACCCGCUGCUCACGUCGGUGCGCGUGCGUCAGCUGCCCGUCCGGCGCGCCGCCUUUCUCGGCCGCGAUGGCGGCCGCGUCAUCUUUGCCGGCCGUCGCCGCUUCUUUCACACCUGGGAUUUGGGCACAGGUCACGUGCAGAGAGUUAGUCACGUGCAGGGCCAUCAGCUCGAACAGCGUUCCAUGGAGCGGUUUCGGCCGAGUCCGGCGACUGGCGACGCCGACAGCGACGAGGCCGGCUUCCUGGCCGUCAUCGCGACCGACCGCAAGGGCGGUGGCAUGCUCAACAUCUUGCGCGUCCAGACGAUGCAGUGGGAGGCCCAGGCCCGCCUCGACAGCCGCGGCGGCAUUGCCGACUUCCAGUGGUGGCGCGACGGCACCGGCAUCACCAUCCUCGGCCGCGACGGCCGCGUCGGCGAGUGGUGUCUGGCUACGCGCCGCUUUGUUGGCCUGUGGCGUGACGACGGCUCGACUGGCGGCACCACGCUCGGCCUUGGUGGUUCCGGCGGACCAGACGUCCUUGGCGGCGAUCGCUGGGUCGCUGUCGGGUCCAACAGCGGCAUCGUCAACAUCUACGACCGCCAGACGCUGCUCGACACGGCUGCCGCCACUGAUGGCGUCACCACCUUGCUCCCCACUCCCGCGCCCACCCGCUGCUUUGAGCAGCUCACCACGCCCGUCACCGAGGUCGUCUUCACACCCGACGGCCAGCUGCUCGCCUUUGCUAGCCGCCACAAGACCGAUGCCCUGCGCCUCGCUCACCUUCCUAGCUGCACCGUCUACCGCAACUGGCCGACCCAGCAGACCCCCCUCGGCCGCAUCACUGCCCUGGCUUUUAGCAAGGACAGCGACAUGCUCGCCGUCGGCAAUGAUGUCGGCAAGACGCGCCUCUGGGAGAUCCGUGGUUAG